AUGCACAAUUACGGACAUAUUGAAGGAGACAGUGGAUUGAUGACAUCACAAUUUCAUCUUGGGGAUUCACCAAAGGCCAUGAUCGAUUACAGUCAUAGUGAGAGAAUUGAAACAUUGGUUUAGAAAAGCAUUAUGCAAUCAGAGAUUAGAAAACGUAGAACCGGUGAAUCUCAGAGUCUUAUAGAACACUCGAAUAUGCAAUUGAAUGGUCAUCUACUACCUUAAAUCACCUUAAAUUGUUAAUCUCCAGCUGUGUUUGAUUAAAUAGCACUAGAACUUAAAUAAUAUAACUACACCUGCAUUAUGCGAGAAGCAAAUCAAAUGAUGUUUCUGUAGACUAAGCUUGAUUCAUUUUGUCAAAAGAUCAUAAAGAAUGUGUGCACUCCAACUUACAUAGCAAGUUAAAGUAACAAUAGCCUAAUUUUGGUGAAAUAUUCAAAAUAGAAACUCAAAAUUGAUGCUUUAUCUGGAAAUUACAAAUUGAAUGAGGAUGUAUUGUUGUCUGUUUGUUUUGUGGUUAAGAGGUACAAUCAAACUCAUAAGGAUUUUGAACCUGUGGAUGAUAUGAGCUAUAUAAACCCUUUUGCAAUCACAGCUAUUUCAAUGAAUAGAAUUUAUAUUUAUUUGGAAGACAAUUAAGAUUUUAAAUAAAAGUUGGAUUUCAUUUUGAAAGACAUUGAUUCAAUUGCAAAGCCAAAAAAACAAUAAUUGUAGAAAUACAUGCAAGAAAGUUCGUAAUUGGUUCUUGAUACAUUUUAGCAAUUUAAAUCGAAAACAUUGAAAUAUGAUUAUCAAUAUUAUCUGAUGGCUAUUGAGAAGGUGGUGUAUGAAUCGGUUUAUGAUAAGCUAUUUCACUUUUAUGUUGAUUUCAAUGAGAAGAAUGAGAAUCAAUUUAACAUCAAAAAAUCACAAAUAAUUGCCAAGUGUAGUGAACAUGAAACCAUGGAAUUCCUGGAAAUAAAAAAUAAAUAUAGGUUAAAUCAUUAAUAUUGGAAUGGGAUUGCUGAAUUAAAUAAAGUGGAUAAAUCUACCAAUCCCAGGGAUAAACUCAGAUCCAUUUAACAAAUGAUAUGUCUAAUCAAAUCAUUAAUUUAUGAAAACAGUAAUUGUGAAUUAACAACAAUGGAUGAUGAAUUGCCUGUUAUGAUCUAUAUCAUCUUAUAUAGUGAAUUUUAGAACAAAUUCGCAUCGAUUCAUUAUGUGGAUGACUUCUGUAAUACUGAUCCCACUAUUGAGACUGAGAAAAGAACAGUAACUACUCUUAGAGUAUCUUUGGAGUAUAUUGCUAAUGAAUGGUAAAUUUGA